AUGGCUAGUGAGACGUUUGGUGCACAGCUUGCAGGGGCGUGUCCCUUACACUUCAAUUUUCAUGACAAGUCUGGGGAGAGCAGAAAAAGAAUUAUCAGCAAAGUUGGAGGCCGUAAAAUGCAAAUUUUUGAUCCUGGAGACAAUGACGUUCACUGGGAAAUAUAUCGAAAAUUCCUACAAGUGGAUCCCAAAAUUGGUGUUGUCGGCUCUGAUCUACCAUCUGUAAAAUGGGUCGUGUUACAGACACCUCUGAAGUCUUCUGACGCUUGUUUUACGAAAGAAGAUGUUUAUGCCACGGAGAAUAUGAAGUUACCAGAAGUAGACCCAGAUGACACAGGUGCUAGUAUUCUUACAUUCGGGAGUACAGGAUUACCAAAGGCUGUACAAUAUAGUCAUCAUCGGGGAUACCCGAGUGUAGCUCUUGUAAGAGGAGGAAAACUUAUAACCCAGCAGAAUACUCUUCUAUUCCCAAGUAUUGCAAAGGCUAUGGAAUACACCUCAAGUAUAAUAGAGGAAGCAAGGCCCAAAAUCGCUGUUAUUGUCGUUCCUUUCCUUAUGGAACUACUAAUGACAGAAGAUGUUUCUUGGAAAAUUCCAACAGUUUUCACGGGAGGUCAGCCUGUCCCGGCCUCUUGCUUAUCAGCCAUCGGGAAAAGAUGCGACGCCCUUUUAGUUCUGUACGGCUCAACAGAAACUAGUUUUACAGCUGGAAGGCUGUAUACCUCGCCUAAUGACAAAUGCAUUGGUCUAUCGCCGUUACCUGGGGUGGAAAUAAAAAUUGUAGGGAAGAACGUAAUGACGGUUCCCCUUGGAACAAAAGGAGAAGUGCUUACGCGCAGCUGUUUACCAUUCCCAGGUUACAUCAAUGAAGUCGAAAAAACCGCGGUUGUUAUUACUCCUGUUGGAUGGUAUAAAACAGAUGAUUUCGGACAAAUUAAUUCUUCUUGUUACCUUGAAGUAUUUGGCAGAGUGUCUGACGUUAUGGAAAUCCCUGGAGCUAAGGUUCUGCCAUCCUUUCUCGAAGAAAUUAUUAAAAGGAAUCUCGGUGUUAAGGAAGUGGUGGUCUUCUCCAUAAAAGACGAAGUACACGCUGACGACAUUCCUUGUGCAGCUGUUGUUAAGAAGGACGGGAUGACCUUGACUGAAGAAUCCCUCAAAGAUUUUAUCAAACAAGAGCUCAAUGUUUCUGAGGAAGCUAUAUUCAUGGAAUAUAAAUAUUUAAACUCAUUUUCAGUCAACUUAUUUGAUACUGACAAAGGCAUUGGACAAAUAAAUCCUUACAAAGACGCACAGCGGGUUUGGUGUUCUACCAAGUCCUUAGUCUUCGAAAAAUAUUAA